AUGACAUACCUCUUGUCGCACUGCCCAACAACCCUCGGCCAGGACAUCGGCCUGGGCGCGAGGCAAGUUUUGUUUCCUCUGGAGGAUCUCUGCUUUUGGAGGGACGAGCUUUGCGAAGAAGCUUGGGGUUGCGAAUACAUGUUUUUGACCCUGACGGCAUUAGGUAGCAUGCAUCGCGCGGUACUCAUGAUGUCAAUGCCCGAGGAAAUUGAUCAGAAGGGCGGCACUGAUUUGAGAGUCACAACCAUCCAAGUCUAUACACAGGCCUUGAAGGAACUUUCUAUCCAAUUGAACGAGGCAAAAAAGACGCCUAGACUGCUUGUUGCUGUGCUCUGCUUGAUGGCCUACUUUGAGUCAUUUAACGGCAACAUACCUGCGUUUGUGGGACAUUUACAUUCUGCCAAGUACUAUAUGACGUCUCUGGUGCUAGCAAAUACCGGGUCAAAUAUCAAUGGGGGCAUGAGUAAGGAGUUGACGGCGCCCUUGGAGACUUGUUUGAACUCUCUUAGACUUACGUGUCAUCUUGCUGUCCCAUUUCCACGUCUACUCGCAGUCUUCCCAACGCACGACUUUAUUCCACGAUCUAGCUUCGUGACUCACAACCUAUCGACGGUAAACUUUCCUCCGCUCCGAGAACUUCUCGACCUCGUGUGCGCCGAUGCUGAGAUUGAAGAACUAAUAUGGUGCCCUAUUAAUGCAUAUACUCGGCGUAUCCAAGCAGCCGUGAUUCAUCGGUUUCAAGAACAACUUUGCAAAUGGAGGAGCCGCCACGAGCAUCAUCUACCAGAGCUUAUCUCGAAUUCUGCUCUAGAGAGCCUCCUUAGAUACAAAUGGGAGAAAUUCCCGAUGCCCCCUCCGGGUUACUCGUCCAUUAUGCCUAGCGCGUGCCUCACGGCGGCCCAUUACAGCUUCUAUAUGGCCCGUUUGCAUUGGUCGUUGUGUCUUCUCGAUGAGAAUAAGGAAGCAAACCAGAUUUCUGCCGAAUUCUACUUCUACGAGGCAAUGCGAUUUGCAACGACACACGCCAAUAGGGCUAUCAAGGUCAAAAAUUCAGAAGACUCCUACGUACCUUGCGAAGCGCUCAACGCUGGGUUUCUGACCUUGCUACAUGUUACGGGUCUUUGCAGCCCCCGCCCAUCAUGGCUGCACUGGAUCGGAAAGCUGUGCACACUUAUCGAACAAGAAGGUGUUCUCAAGGGACAUACUUAUGCGACAAAUCUCGAUUGUCUGCACACAUUCGAGAUGUACAGCCAGAGUGAAUCGCCAGCAUUGAUGGAGCGUUUUCCUGACCCAGCCAACCGUGUCAUAUGCCAGCUGAUUCCCGAAAUAGACGGUCGGCACUACACAUCAUAUUUUGCUCACUCCACGUUCGAUGCCGACACUGGCAGUGAUCGUCUGACUACGUAUCGAAUUUUAGGACAUGCCCGCUGGAGAUGCUACUUCGGCGAGCACGCGUGUGAGCCGGAAGUCGAAAUAUACGACAAGAAGCCAAUCACAACGGAGUCAUCCGUGGACUGGCUUCUGUGUCAACAGGCUGCACUCGAUUGGGCGAGGCGGUCAAAAUUUGCGGACUUCGACAUGGACCGAGCACUUCGUGAUCAUAUUAAUGGGUCACGGCUUCUGCCGCCUCCUGGUGAGGUGCAAGCUUCAGUUUGA